CCCCUCUUACCGCUCCCGACUGACGUACAAGGAGCUCCUUCAACCUGCACCACGACCGCCAUGACUCGUCUGUCGCUGCUCGCCACGCUCGCAUUAGCAUUCACUGGUAUUGCUUUGGCGACUCCUCUGGACGUCCAGGAGGCUUUGGUUCCCUCGGAUGGAACCGUGCGUAUCAGUGAGAGCUGGGACUACUCGGUUUGCGGCGCAGAUACAGAUGCGAUUCAAAUCAAGUCCAUUGAUGUCUCUCCGGAUCCCCCGAAACCCGGCUCAAACAUGACCGUCAAUGUGAAGGCAUACGUGCAGGAGGUUAUUGAGGAGGGAGCGUAUGUCGAUGUCGUCGUGAAGAUGGGCUACGUUAAGCUACUGUCGAAGUCAUUUGACAUUUGCGAAGAAGCGCGUAAGGCGGAGGCUAGCGUACAAUGUCCCGUCCAGAAGGGUGACUACGAGGUCGAGCAGGUUGCAGAGCUGCCUAAGGAGAUUCCCCCAGGCAAAUUUGUUGUCAACGUGCGAGGCUAUACUGCGGACGAUGACGACAUGGUCUGCGUGGAUCUCAACGUCGACUUCAGGAAGAAACCUUUCUUCAAGAUGGGAUGGUAAAGCCAUGUCCCUUGCUUGUCCCCCACCCGGAAUCUGGACCCCAUCAUGACUGCGACGUCUCAUUGCUCACGCUCUUCAGCCUCCAGCUUCAAUUUUUUGUAUAAUAUCAUGUAUGUCUUGGUAAUGCGAUAUUGUCUUUGACUCGCUCGAUUCUCUUAAGAUUCAUAGUGGUGUCGGAUGGCCAGAAAUCAAUG